GGAGAAAUAAACUGCAAUUUUGUCUGAUAAACAGAAAGUAAUUGAUCUUGUAUUGUUAUAGAGAAUGAAUUGAGAGAGAGAGAGUAGCUUUCUGUGCCAGGGUUUCCCUCGCUCAUGGAUCGAUGGAGUGCCACUCUGAAGGUUCCGAUCCACGCCAAGGGCACGGCUCGCUGCAGAGUCGCCGUUUCUCUCUGCCUCUCGCCUUCUUCCAAAACCCUAAUCGCGCCUUCCGCAAACGCGGUCUUCUUCAAUGGGGAUCGAGUCGAAGGGACUGGGAAUCCCGUCGUGGAGAGGUUGUCGGACCUGCAGACGGUAGCUGAUGUUCUGGUCUCGAAGUUCGGUGGCUCCGUCAAUGCUUGGGUCGUUGAGGCUUCGACUUUCAACGGCCCUUUUGCCGUCUAUAAGGAGUUCAUCCCUUCGGCAAACAAGUAUGGGGAGCCGAGAUCGUAUAGCCACGUCGGGUUUCCUGCUUCUUCGUCGAUCGUCUCGCUGUUGUCGAAUUGCCUUGACGAGGCAAAGAAUGUCCUUUCAAGGAAAUAUAAUCCUGUCUCCACAAGCUUGUUAGCACCACAAGGACAUCCUCCAAAAACCGUCAUCCUCGGUUUUAGCAAAGGUGGCACUGUGCUUAACCAACUUGUGACUGAGCUCAGCCAUUUCGAAACCGCAUCUUCUGGACAUCCAUCUUUUGCUGGACAAGGGCUAUUGGGUCAUGAAGCCUCUGACAUCCGGGUGAGGACUCAAAUUUUACCUAGCACGAAAGAAAGUCUUUUGAACAGCAUCCGAGAAAUCCAUUAUGUCGAUGUCGGCCUAAAUUCCUCUGGCGCAUACAUCACUGAUCCAAACAUGAUCGGCAAGCUCUCCCAACAGUUCGUACAACGAGCUCAGGCACUGCAUUUUGUCCUCCAUGGAACUCCUAGGCAAUGGUGCGACCGUAAUCGCAUUUGGAUUCGCCGCGAAAAGGAGAGGUUGCUUCAUCUGCUCAAAUCUGAAUCUCAGAAGGCUGGAGGCAAAAUACAGGUAGCAGAGAAGUUUUAUUUUGCUGACAGGCCUCCAGAUCUAGAGAUGCAUUUUAUGAUCAUUGAAAAGCUGGAUGUGAACAUCUAAUUAGUGAAUGUUACGGUGUAGCAUCAUGACUUGUACAACGUCUUGUUUUGACAGAGUUGAGUGGUGCUUGUUUGUGCCCGGUUACUUCACUUACCCCGGUUAUUCUUACUGUUGUUGCUCCAUUCACAGACAGAUAUUUAUGUUAGUCGAUUGUUUGGCACUUUUGCUAAA